AUGUUGACUGAAGAUGCUGCUGAGAAAACAACCUCUUUUUCAAAUCCUAGUGCAGUAGAAAAAAUAACCUCACCUUCAUUUACUACUUGUUCAUAUAAUAGUAAUGAUUGUGAUGAUGAUGCGAAUCCUGCUACUGCUACUUAUCAGCAAAGGAAAAUUUCGGUGGUUUUCCACUACCUAAAUUUAGCAUCUAAAAAACUAGACUCUUUAGGAGUUGAAACAAGAGGAAUAGAACGGAUUCAACCGUAUGAGAGAUCAACCAAUAGAACAAAACAGUUGUUGAGUGUCAUUGGUCUUUGGCUACUGGCGUGUGGUGGAUUAUCAUCAAUGUCUACUUUUUACUUGGGACCGCUUUUAUUUGGUUUGGGAUUGAAAAAUACGUUAAUUAGUGGACUUGUUGGUCAUACUUUAGGCUGUUUUAUUGCCGCGUAUUGUUCGCUAAUGGGUCCGAAAUCAGGAUGCAGACAAAUGGUUAGUGCUCGGUAUUUGUUUGGUUGGUGGUUUGUUAAAUUGGUUGCUUUGGUGAGUAUCAUUGGUGUUAUGGGAUGGAGUGUGGUUAAUUGCCUUGUUGGAGGGCAGAUUUUGACUAGUUUGAGUAAUGGCAAGAUUCCUAUUUGGGCAGGAAUUAUUUUAAUUGCCGGGGUAAGUUUAUGUGUUGCUAUUGGUGGGAUCAAACAGUUGAUGCGUAUUGAAGCUUUAUUGAGUUUGCCUGUGAAUUUUGCAUUCUUGAUGCUUUACAUAGUGGCUUCGCAAAAGUUUAAUUAUUUGACUUUAGACGAUGCUAUUGAUGACAAAGCUACCAUAAGGGGGAACUGGUUGACUUUUUUCUCAUUGUGCUAUUCGAUAACAUCAACUUGGGGUUCAAUUGCUUCAGAUUACUAUAUUUUGUUUCCUGAAACUACAUCAGAUAUUGAGAUUUUCUCAAUUACUUUAUUGGGUAUUUGGAUUCCUACUACUUUUGUGGGUGUUGCUGGGAUAUUAAUUGGAAAUGUAGCUCUCACGUAUAAACCAUGGGGAGAUGCUUAUGCUUCUUUGGGUAUGGGGGGAUUGCUAAAUGAAGCAUUUAGACCAUGGGGCGGUGGCGGAAAAUUUUUGCUUGUUUUGAUUUUCCUCUCCUUGAUUUCCAAUAAUAUCUUGAACACUUACUCAGCGGCAUUUGGUGUACAAUUAGCAGGAACCGGAUUAGCUAAAGUGCCCAGAUGGCUCUGGGCAAUAGCAUUGACAGCAGUGUAUUUAGUAUGUGCAUUAGUUGGCCGGGAUAAAUUUGCAACGAUAUUGAGUAAUUUUUUGCCAAUGGUUGGGUACUGGAUUUCAAUGUAUUUUAUCAUGUUGUUGGAAGAAAAUGUUAUAUUCAGAACCCAGAGGUUUAGACAUUUGUACGAAAAGGAAUUUGAACAAGAGGAUGAGGGUGCAUUGGAAACUGAAUCCCAAUUGAAACUUAGACUACGGAUCCCCUUGAAGAAAAACCAAUAUUAUAAUUGGAAGAUUUGGAAUGAUUAUUACAGAUUAACUAGAGGAUUAGCAGCUACAAGUGCUUUUUGUAUUGGUGCUACGGGGGCAGCUGUCGGCAUGGCACAAACAUAUUGGAUUGGACCCAUUGCUAGAAGAAUAGGCGGCGAGUACGGAGGCGAUAUUGCCAUGUGGUUGUGUAUGGGAUUUAGCGGCAUAUCCUACCCAAUAUUGAGAUAUUUGGAAUUGAAAUUUUUUAGACGAUAA